AUGAAAUUACAAGUGAAUAAUCGAAUAAAUCCUGAUUUGCUAUUUGCUCGUUUGGCAGCAGGAGUCAAUCAUUGUUUGGCAAUACAAAGUGAAGGAGACAAGACUACAGCUCCAUAAACCUUCCAAUUAUGGGGUUGGGGAAGCAAUGAAUUUUAAGCAUUAGGAAAACCAGAAAGCAUUGAUGCCGAAAUUCAGCCCUCUCCAGUUAAAAUCUAUCUAGAACACAAACAAAAACCAUACGUGCCUUUGUAAGUGGCCUGUGGUAAUCAACACAGUAUGGUUCUUGCGUGCAGUCAAGAUUAAUUUACAAACAUCUUUAGGCAUCCUCAACAUAUGGAUGAUAGUUUUAGUUAUGAUUUAGGUUUUAAGAGUCUGCGCUACGAUGAUUGUGUAAUAUUCUCCAGUGGUAGCGAUGAAUUUGGAUAAUAAGGCAGGAUGACAGAUAAAGAAUAAUCUCAAGAGGAAAUUGAAGAGGGUGAGUAAGAAGAAGAUGAUGAAGACGAUUAUAAUGAAUAAGAGGAGUGUUUCAGAAUGAAAGGAGUGGUAGAAAGCAUCUCUAAAGUGUGUUAAAUUUCCUGUGGAGCAAAUUACACAUUAGCAUUAGACAUAUAUGGGUCAGUGUACUCUUGGGGAGAAGGGGCAACAGGUUGUUUGGGUUUACCAAUGUAAGUGGAUUAAUAAAGACCAACAAGAAUUGAUUUUGAUAAGAUUAGAAUGAAAUUUAUCAGUGCUGGUCCUUCACAUGCUGCCAGUAUAUCUGAAGGAUAAGGAUCACUAUACACUUGGGGAGUUGGGACAUAUGGGUAAUUAGGACACGGCAUAAACAAGAGUUCGAAUGUGCCAAUGAGUGUUGAUGCUGGAUCUGUGGUAGGAAAGGUUGUCGAAUAUGUCUCAUGCGGAGCUAUGCAUACCGCUUGUACAACUACCGAUGGAUAUGCACACACCUUUGGAUUUAAUAAGAAUGGGUAAUUGGGCACUGGAGACUUUAAUGAUAGGUGGGAACCUGUGAAAGUUCAUUCCAUACAAAAUUUCUAUGCAGUUUAUGCUAAAUGUGGUGGUAAUACAACUUUUAUUACUACAUUGGAGAGAUUAACAUUUGCAUUUGGAUCUAAUUCAAAGGGUAGAUUAGGUAUAAAGGAUGAAUUUGGAAGCAAUUAUCCAGAACCUCAAAGAAUUGAUACAAACUACUUUAAAUCUAAAUAACAAUUUAUUUAUCAAUUAGCCUUGUCCUACCAUUAUGGAUUGGCCUUAUUAUAAAGUGGGUCCAUUAUAUCAUUUGGUCUACCCUUUAAAGGAAUUUUAGGUAGAGAUCUCUAAGCUGAAUUAUUGCCUAAGAACUAUCUGACCAACAAUUCUAUGAACGAUGAUUACAAAUAAGGAGAUGAUGAUGAAGGAGAAGAAAUGGCUCAAAACAAAUUAAACGAAGUCUUGAAUACCAUUAAGCCAGAUUUGCUACAGUCAUUGAUUGAACCCAAAAACAUCAACGAAGAGUUUUUGUUUUUUGGGAUGCAUUGCACUGAAUUCAUUAAUAAAUUGCAGAAGGAAAUCAAGGCUUCUUCUUAUAUAGUCGAUGUAAAAUGCGGAGCCUUUCAUACAGUAGCCUUGACUGAUGCAGGUGAAGUUUGGGUUUGGGGGAGUAAUAAAUGCAUGUAGCAUGGCUUAAAAGAUGAAUAAAUUAUUGAAUAAGUUAAAACGAGGACUAAGUUCAUUGGGCCUUUUAUUUAGGAGACAAUUGCAGAAACUUCUUAUCCUAGUCAAGUCUUAACAUUCUCAAUUCGAGAAAAUAAAAGAGUGACUUAUUUGGCAACAGGAUUAGAAUAUGUGGUCGUUGUAGAAAACAGACGUAAUAUUUAUUCAUGGGGCAAAAAUGAUAAGGGUUAACUAGGCUUAGGAUUUGUUAGUGACUUUGUUGAAACUCCAUCCAUGUUAACAGAUCUUGAAGGAUUUAUGGUUAAAUAGGUAUCAUGUGGGGAAGAUCACACAUUAAUAUUAGAUGAAGGAGGCUCUCUUUAUGCAGUGGGUUCUCCAGUCGAUGGAAAAUUAGGAUUGGGACCCAAGAACUCAGUUGUUUUGUAAACCCAGAAGGUCCCCUUUAUAUUUGAUGUAGCUAAAGUAGCUGUUGGUCCCCAUCAUUCAAUGGCUUUGGUUAUAGAUAAAAAGUAUAAUGAGAGAGUCAUUAAGACAAAAGCAAAUGAAAGGAAUUAAGAAGACAAUUCUUAAAAAUACGUCAUCUACACUUGGGGUAAUGGAUAUGGAGGAAAAUUGGGGCAUGGUAAUUUAGAUAAUCAAUACUAUCCUAAAUUAUUGUAAACCAAAUAUUCAUUUAAGGAUGUAUCCGCAGGAACUAAUCAUUCUGGAGCAUUAACAAUCGAUGAUUAAAUAGUAGUAUGGGGAGUAGGCUCAUAUUUAGGAAUAGCUAAGCCUGAAGAUGACACUGAUGAUAAAUAGCAUCUGAAAUCAGACAAAGAUUAAGAGGCUGAGCCUUAUUAUAUUGUGUCACCCAUCAAGCACAACGAUUUAGCUACAAGGAAGUACAAAAGUCUUUGUUUGGGAGAUCGUUACAAUAUGGCAAUUAGCAAAUAGAACAAAGCCUUUGUGUGGGGGUUGUUCGAUUAUGAUUUCUAAGAGAAGUUAAAAAAUCAAUGUGCCAAUGCUGCUCAAAGGGAGAAAUAUGUUGAAGUUCUUAUGACCAAUAUUGUCAAUACUCCCUUGUGCGAUAUUUAAUUCACGACAGUCAGCUGCAGUUUCAAUCAUGCAGUGGCUUUAACAGAAAACCAAGAUGUAAAGGAAUUGUUCUCUUGGGGCUAUGAUGGAAUGACUGGUAGAUUGGGUUUAGGUUAUGAAUUUAUAAAUCCAGAUAAGGAGAAUGAAAUGCAAUUACAGAAUAAAAAUUAGUAAUAAGUGAAAAAGGAAAAUAUCAAGACUUUGAAAACUCUCUUUAUUAAGCCAGAGCCACUUUAGUUCAUAAAUUAAUAUCUUGAUUACACUUUCAAACAAUAUCAGUUAAUGCAAUUGUAGGCGGAUAAGGUUGAUGACGAUGAGGAUGAAUUUGAAGAAGAAUUUAAAAGAAAAGAUCAAAAGAAGGCAGGAAUGAAUACAGAUGGCUUUUAAUUAAACAACAAAAAGAUGUCUAAGCGACCCUUAACCAAAAGAGUCUUUGUUGGCGCUUCUUUGGGCAUGAUUGAAGAUGGCAAAUUGAUUUGUAAAUCCUCUUGGGAACAAUUCAUUAAUGAAUCCAAACCAGAUAUCUAUAGAUGUUCAUAUGUUGAUAGAGGAGAUGAUCCAGAAAGAGUGUCGAGUACAAAGCGAGUCAAUUUUUUUGAAGAAAAGCCUGUUGAUGAUGUAUAUGAUGCAAUCUUAGAAUUGGACCAAGAAAAUCAACGACUCUAUAAAGAGAUUAAGGAAAUACAUUUAUAGGAAUUUAGGAAAUUUAAAGAUGAAGCCAUGUUGACCAUUAUCAACAAAGUCUAACGCAAACCCUUUGACAUUCAAUUUAAAACUGAGGAAAAGGACAAGGAUAAGAAGAAGGAGAAAAAAACAAAGAAACAUGAAGCUUAUUAUACUUGUUCAUUGUGUUAUAAAAUAAUGUUUACAAUGCUUCAGUUGCACCCGUGUUACUUUAUAAAUAUCUUUAAGCAUGGAGGAUUGAGCAAGAAGAACUUUGUUGAUUUGGUUAUGGACACAUUCGGAGACAUUUCUAAUGAUAAACGAAAGUACCGUAUCUUAAUCAAUCUAUUGGUGCAAAUACUUCGAUUAGAAUUACAAAGUUUAACUAGCAAAAAAUUGAUCUUCACAUAAAAAGAGACAAAUGAACCUUCCUUGUAUGCAUUUACUAAUUUGUUUAUCUAAUUCUAAGGCUAAUUUGGUUAAUGCAUCACAACUAAUUUAAAACUAAUAGAAACUUCAGUUAAAACCAUUGAAAAUAAAUUAACAAGUGGUAUAGCAAAAAACCUUAAGCCUGUUGCACUGGUCUUUAGUUAGAAUCAUCUUUAAAAUCCUGGAUGUGAUGUACUAUUGCCUAAAUUUGAUGGUCCAUAAGAAAAUAAAUUCUUUUAAGAAAGAGUUGAAUUCAUCAAAGGGUUUUGGGAUGAAUUCGCUCCAAAAUUAACAAACUUCUUACCUUAGGAUAAGAAAGGACCAUAUGAUGUACCAGUCGCAGUGAGAGAGCUAUUUUUAAAAACUUACGAAGUAGUAAAACCCUUUUUUUAAAAGAAUAAUUAACAAAUAGAAUAAAUUCAAUGUAGAAUGCUUGGUUUAUAUUAUCAGAAUUAUUAGAAUAUGUUUAUAUCAACUGCUUAGAAACAGGAAUAAGAGAAAACAUUAGACUAAAAGGCAGAAUCAAAUUUUUUGAAUAUUAAAUGUUUUUUGGAAAUGUUCGACUUUUUUAUCAAUGAUAGAGAAGAGGAACCUGAAAAUGUUCCUUUGUGGUAGAAUAUCACUGAAAUAUUUGCAAAUCAUGCUCCCAGAAGAAUCACGGCAUUUAAUGCAAUAGCUUAUGGUGCAAGUACAACAAACGGAAUACAAAAUAAUAAGUUGCCCGAGAAAAUUCAAAUGGCCAGCAAAUACAUAUCAAAGAACGAAGUAAACAAAAUAAAGGAUAUAUACUUUCAUGCAAUAGAGUACAGUGACGAUAUAAUAAUUCCAAGAGUUAAGUCAAUAUAUUGGGCUACUAAAAGCAUUGUAGAGAAUAUAUAGAAAAUUAAGUAUGUCUAAGCAGAGAACUAAGAUCUUAUGGAAUAAUUUGCCAAGAGUAUCAAGACUCAAGCUGUCAGUUAUCUAACCGAAGGAGAACCUGAUGAAGCCUCUGGAUAAGAGAGAAUUCAAGUUAAACUGAAAACUCGAUAGUUGUAUUACACUACAAUGUCAUUAUCGUUGAGACAUUGCAGUGAUUGUGGAUGUUAUGCCAUAGAAUCAUUUUUGAGGACGGAAGAUUAACCUCCUUUUCAUAGAUUUGAUUAGUGGAAUCCUGUGAGUUUAUCUGCUCUUUUAAUAAGAAUAGUUUCGUGCUUUAAAAAUAAAAAGGAUUUUGAUGAUUUUUUGGCUGGGUAAAAUGAUGUGACUACAACACUAAAGAAGAAGGCAGCCAUGUAAAAAGAAUAGGGGCUUUUUGGAAAUAUUAUAAAACUAAAAGAAUUCGAGAAGGCAUUUGAUGAGAAGGUCUAAUUCAAUAUAGAGUAAUCAGAUGAAGUGGUUGAAGAUUAGAAAUUAGCAAGAACUAAGGAGAGCAAAAAAGUGUUAAGAGAAUUGAGACUAUUGAUUUAAGACAGAUUGAUAUCAGUCUACAAAUACUUGUAUAAUAUGGAAAAGAAUAUGGUUGCUUUAGAUGCAAUCAAUUUUGAGUUAUAAGAAAAGAUUACCAAAUUCAAGACAGAGAAGGUAGGUUUAUACAACAGAAUAAUAUCAAAUUGCUACUUUGGAAUGGCAAAUAAAGAGCUAAUAAAACAACUUCAAAGCAAUCCAGUUGCUAUGGUUGGUUAAAUUAAGGAUGCUAUCAAACAAGUGAGUACAUCAACUGAAAUUUAUGAGAAUAUAGAUGUUUUUAAGAAGAGUGCAGAUCAACCUAGUUUUUUGAGCAUUUUCGGAAGCUAUUCAUAUAGUAUUCUUUAAUCUCGUAAAAUAAUUGAUUCGAUCAAAUCAAUGGCAUAUGAUGACAUUUAAAGACAUACAAAAUAAUAGUAAUUCAAUUUUAUAUUGUAGAGUCACUCCUAAUGUUAUAAACAAUAGAUUAGUGUUUUCAUUUCAAAAGGAUACAAACUCCAACAGUUUACUCGUUGUUAUAGUGUAUUCAGAAGUGGAAUUUGAUUGGAAACAAACGGUCAGUUGUGGUCUGAUUUAGCCAGUAAUAAUACAAUUAUUAUUAUUAGAAAAUAGAACCAAUAGAAUUCAUUGUCGAUUAAUUUGUAGUUGAAACAACGACUAUUCUCUAAAUGAGAAAGGAUAUCGCUUUGGCAAUAGACAUCGAGAAACCUUAACCUUUGGGGAAAUAUUGCAAUUUUAGAAAGAAAGGAUUGAUGCAACUCUUAGAUGAACUUACAAACCAUGCUGUUAUAUAUGACCAUCUGUACGUUGAGCCAGAGAAAAAGGAUUAACAUCAUCAUCAAUAAAAAAAAUGAGU